GUUAUGUUUAUAGUAAUUGAAAGUACGUACGAAACGUGCUAUUAGUCUACUGAUAUUGUUACAGUUAGAAUCUUAUAGAUAAUAAUUUAUAAUGGCAGGUUUAAAAGUAAAGAAAAACAAAAGUAAAACCAAAAAGGUUACAAAAGAUAUAAGACCCAAAAAGCUUUCACACAAAAAGUUAAAAACCGCUAAACUUACUCAACGAAAACCAAUGCUAAACGGCAAAGAAAAACAAAAACUUCAAGCAUUAUUAGAUGAGGAAGUUCAAGAAAAUGUAACAUUCGAAGAUAAUAUUGAUAGUCCUGAUAGUGACAUAGAUAUGAAUGAAAUAUUUAGUGAUGAUGAACACACAUUUAGUAAUGAAGAAACAAAUAAUGAAAGUGAAGAUGACAUUGGAAACGAAGAUACAGCUAAAAAACACAAACAAGAUUUAGAAAAACUGAAGAAAAGUGACCCUGAGUUUUAUAAAUUUUUACAAGAAAAUGAUAACAAACUUUUAAAUUUUAAUUUAUCAGAUGAGGAAGAUGAAAAAGGUGAUGAUGAAAAACCGGAAGAAGAUGAUGUUCAUCAGCCUUCAGAAAACCUAUCUGUAGCUAGUGAUGAAAGUGAUUUUGAAAAUGAAGACGAUGAAGACAAACCAAAAGAUGCAAGAAUUAUUACCCUUAAAAUGUUGAAAACCUGGCAAGCUGAAAUAAUUGUGGAUAAAAGUAAUAAAACAAUUAUAGCAGUCAUAGAUGCUUUCCAUGCAGCAUUGUAUAGGGUAACUAGUAAUGAAGAAGACCAAGAACCUGCCUACUACAAAGUUGAUGGAUCUGCUGUAUUCAAUGGUGUUAUUCAACUCUGUGUGUUAGAGUUAGGUCCAGCUAUUAGAAGAUUUUUAGGUAUUCAACCAGGAUCAAAACAACCUCCACAUAAAUGUAAAAAGUUCAUCAAAAUUAAGAAAAAUCUAAAGUCAUAUUUUACAGAUAUACUGAAGAUAUUAGAGGGAGUGACGUCUUCAAAUAUUCAAACAGUACUUCUGAAGCAUUUGCAUUACAUGUCGUCACUUUUAACAUCUUAUCCUAAUUUAACCAAGUCCUUGAUAAAACGUCUUAUCCAUUUAUGGGGCACAUCAGAUGAUUCAGUGAGAGUAGUUGCAUUCUUUUGCAUACUAAGAAUUACAAAUAACCAGCAUUCUUCAAUUAUCGAUAUUGUUUUAAAAUCAAUGUACAUGACAUAUGUGAAAAACUCAAAAUUUGUCAGUUUAAAAGGAUUAGCUGUCAUUAAUUUUAUGAGGAGAUCUUUGGUAGAAAUGUUUGCUCUAGAUCCAAAUUUUGCCUAUCAACAUGUAUUUUUGUACAUUAGACAAUUAGCUAUACAUUUGAGAAAUGCUAUUACUGUAAAUAAAAAAGAGAAUAUUCAAGCUGUGUAUAAUUGGCAAUUUGUUAAUUCUUUAAAAUUGUGGGGUAAUUUGUUGUCAGUUACUUAUAACAAGAAAAUAAUGCAACAAUUGGUUUAUCCAUUCGUUCAAAUUUGUAUUGGUACUAUCAAAUUGGUGCCCACUGCACAGUAUUACCCCUUACGAUUUCAUGUAGUGCAAAUACUAAUGGACUUGAGUAGAGAUACAGGUGUUUUCAUUCCAGUCCUGCCAUUUUUAUUAGAGCUGCUGACUACCCAAGACUUCAAUAAAAAACACAAAAAGGUUUCCAUGAAACCUCUACACUUUACAUGUUUAUUGAGAUUAUCAAAAUCUCAGUUACAAGAAAACGGGUUCAAAGAUAUGGUAAUAGAAACAAUUUAUGGACAGUUGUUAGAAUAUUUGAGUUCUCAAGUCCCAUAAAUUAGGAUUUCCUGAUUUAAAUCUGCUUUCUAUAAUACAGAUUAAGAAGUUUCUUAAAACUUGCAAAAACCCCAACUACUCUCGAAAAUUCAAACAGCUCAUCGAAAAAAUAGAACAAAACUCCAAAUUUAUCGAAACUGAAAGAUCCAAACUAACUUUAAACUUAAACGAAUUUAAAAAAAUUGAAGGAUGGGAAUCACAAAUUAAAGAAAAGAACCCUCCCGUAACAGUAUACUAUGAAAGUUGGAAUAAACUAAGAACAGUCAAGAAGAAUAAACAACUAACGAGAAAUGACGAGUUGGCUGAUUAUAAACUCCCAUUAAUUAAAAAGAGUAAGAAAGUUGCAAAGAAAAGCGACGGACCUGUGGAACUAUUUCCUAGUGACUCUGAAGAUGAAGAAGAACUCCAUACGAAGACGACGAGAGGAAAAAGGGCAGGAAAGAAAUUGAAUAAAAAAUCUAAUGAAGUUUUUAGAAUGGAUGAAGAUGAUAACAAUGAUAAAGAUAUUGUUCAAGAUAUAGCAGUAGAUGAUUGGUGAUAUGUUGAAAAAUUUAUUUUAUAUUUCAUUUUAAUAAACUGUUAAAAAGUUA